AUGUUCGUUUUUCCACGAUCAUGGUUCGAAUUUGAAUCUUUUGUGUUACAAAACUUUUCUGAUGACGGGAAAUGUGGUGAAAGUAAUUGGCGAGCUGCUGGAAAUAAAGGAAAACGAAAGAGUCGUCUAGACGAAACAGGACUGGAAAUUGCAGGUUGCCGGCAUGCAAUUGCUCAGUGGGCUGUAAACAUGUUUCGCGGAGAGAUUUAUGGCUACUCUAAUUACAUCCAUGUUCACAAAAUGAUUCCAAACAAUGUUAAAUACAUUUGGCAAGAUAUCAUAUGUAAAUAUUACAUUUGGCAAGAUAUCAUAUGUAAAUAUUGGAAGUGGGCAGUGAAGGCAUCAAAGUCGGAUGAGUCAAAUGCUCACGAAAUAAAACCUGCUUUAUCUGUGAUGCAUGCCAAAGCACAUAAUUGGACAUGCCAGGUACACUGGUAUUGUGGGAGGACGGUGGCAAAAGGUUCUGCAUAUUCCACAGGAGAGGAAGUUGAGCAGAUUAAUAGUUACCUUUCGAGACUGGCCAACACUACAAAGUACAUGUUACCCGAGUCAAGAGAAGAACUCAUAACUGAACAUGCUCUUGCGUGGAAUAAACGGAAAAUAUGUGAUCUGUCCAGCUCCCUCUGCAAGAGAUAUGCAAAGUAUAUAGAAGCUCAAGAAAAUACAAGGAAAGAACUUGAUGAAAUGGUUUCUGGCGUAAAUCUCUCUCCGAACCACGUUGAUUUCUUGCAGUGGAAGAGUGAAGUUCAACGUAUUGCAAAAGAAAUGGAAAGCUCCUUCUUCACGUAUUUAGCCGAAGAAGAGGAAUUGUACGUUUUGACCUCCUCUUUAACCGAUACCUCUUUAUUGACAUCAAAUGUAAACAUCUCGUGUGUUGAGACUGAAGACUAUCUUUCUGCCCUGUCAAAAAAGAUAAUUCAAAGAUACUCCACCGUUGAGGAUAAACGUAAAAGAGUUAAAUCACUGACUGCCAAGCUUUGUCGUGAUAUAACCGCCGAUGUACUGCUUGAUAGAGGAAAAAAGUUAUUUUUGGAAAGUGCCUUGAAGUGUCUUAAGAAUGAACUAGAAAUGUUGUAAA